ACGCUCCCCCCGUGUGUCUGCUGCUCCGACACUAAAGGAGAUGGAUGGGGUAGGGGAAACGCAGCGCGCGCGGCCCCGGGCGGCUCAUCGCUCAGCCGCCGCCCCCGCAGCGGAGAGGUCGGGGCGGGGGUCCGGCCGCAGAUAAAGGCGAGCGGGGGACAAGGGCGGCCAAGGCAGCAGCAUGAGCGGGACAGACCUGAGUCACGCUGCGGGCGCGGCCCCCGACUCAGACCCGGGCCGGGCGGCAGUCGCCUCGGCCUACCAGCGCUUCGAGCCCCGCGCCUACCUCCGCAACAACUACGCACCCCCUCGGGGGGACCUGAGCGGCCCCGACGGCGUCGGGCCUUGGAAGCUGCGCUGCUUGGCGCAGACCUUCGCCACCGGUGAGGUGUCUGGACGCACCCUCAUUGACAUUGGUUCAGGCCCCACUAUCUACCAGCUGCUCAGCGCCUGCGCCCACUUUGAGGACAUCACGAUGACAGAUUUCUUGGAGGUGAACCGCCAGGAGCUGGGGCUCUGGCUGCGAGACGAGCCUGGGGCCUUCGACUGGAGCGUGUACAGCCAGCAUGUCUGUCUCAUCGAGGGCAAGGGUGAAUCCUGCCAAGAGAAGGAGUGCCAGCUGCGAGCCAGGGUGAAGCGGAUCCUGCCCAUCGACGUGCACCAGCCCCAGCCCCUGGGCGCUGGGAGCCUGGCGCCCCUGCCUGCCGAUGCCCUGGUCUCCGCCUUCUGCCUGGAGGCUGUGAGUCCGGACCUUGCCAGCUUCCAGCGGGCCCUGGACCACAUCACUACACUGCUGAGGCCUGGGGGGCACCUCCUCCUCAUCGGGGCCCUGGAGGAGUCAUGGUACCUGGCUGGGGAGGCCAGGCUGGCAGUGGUGCCAGUGCGUGAGGAGGAGGUGAGGGAGGCCCUGGUGCGUAGCGGCUAUGAGGUGAGGGAUCUGCGCACCUACAUCAUGCCUUCCCACCUUCGGACAGGCGUAGAUGAUGUCAAGGGCAUCUUCUACACCUGGGCCCAGAAGAAGGUGGGGCUGUGAGGCCCCAGUGCACACAGUGUCGGCGGCCCUCACCCACCUAGAUUCCCUGUUAUCUGAGGUGGCACCUAAUAAAGAAAUAAGUCCAUGC